CGUCUCAGCCAAUCACAGCGCUGCACAUCAACACCUCCAUCCUUUAUUCUUCAUUCGCUGCUGGAGUUUCAGAGGAAAGGAACGACAUGGACGUCUAUGAUUUCUCCGGACGGAUAACGUCUGGCCUCCAUCACGGCCUGUGAACAAACUCUCAUCUGGACGUUCUGGAUAAGAGCGUGAUGGCGGGUCCGCUUGAGCCUACUAACCCUAACCCUUCUGCUGAGGAGGAGGUUUUCUUCAAGAAUUACAUCCCACCUGCUCGAGACGCCAUCCAUCUGCCCAUUCACAUCUUCUACAUCAUCCUGGCCUCCAUCGUCAUAGUGGCGACGCUCUACGCCAUCAUCGGCCACCUCAUCAAAGACCUGAUACACGACCUGGCCGACUCUCUGUUCGGCCAGCAGCCCGAGGAGGUGCCCAUCAACCUGUGCGAGGCCAGAGACAAGUUCAUGGUCGACUGGUGUCCGGAGACCAGCCCGGAGCUGGAGGAGAUGGCCCGUGCCGAGGAGAUCCGGGUGGUGAUGGAGGGCGCCAGAUACACCCCGGCCAUCUGGAUCAUCUCUGACGGGAUCGAGCCCAGAGCGCCACGCACCGGCCCACGGGUCGCCUUCGGAAAGAACGUGUAGAGGCUUCGGCUUCACCUGUGAAAAACAGACUUCAUAAAGACUCGCAGACAGAAGAAGCGCAGCACUGACACUCAGCCGUCAUCUGAGCUCGUACACCUGUAGAGUUCAACACUGAUGGUUUACAGUGACUGAGCGUAACUCGCCUGCUGGUCUCUGCCGGUACCGCAACUCCACAGAUCUGCUCUAAAACAGCACUUUUCAGUCCUGAUCCUGGAGAACCUCAGUUAGUUUCUCUCUCCAUUCUGACGGCUGAGCUCAUCAAACUCUCCUCUAAUGAGCUGAUGAUCUGAAUCAGGUGUUUUUACAAAAUGUGUUUCCCCAUCAGCAGGACUGAAAAAGCACUGCUUUCUGUGAAAAGCGCCCUC